AACCGAAACCCUUAAACAAUAAAAUAAAAAACACUUUAAUCAACACUUUAUUAAACUCAUUACUGUCUAUCUAUCUAUAAAUCCUUCACUUCACCAUCACUGUUGUUUGUUCCUUUCAACUUUCUCUCAUCUUCUUCAUCUUCGUUUUCAUUUCAGUGUUUUUGUAUAACCAUCACCAUCGAGUUUGGAUUGAAUAUGACAGCUGGGAACGCGAGUUAUGUGUUACCGCCAUUCUUGAGCAAAACCUAUGACAUGGUUGAUGACGCUUCAACUGACUCGAUCGUUUCGUGGGGAAAAAACAAUAACACUUUUGUUGUUUUGAAUGCUACCGAUUUCGCUAAAUAUAUCUUGCCUAAGUAUUUUAAGCAUAACAACUUCUCAAGCUUUGUCAGGCAGUUGAAUACAUAUGGUUUUAGAAAGGUUGACCCUGACCGUUGGGAAUUUGCACAUGAAGGAUUUUUGAGGGGUCAAAAACAAUUGUUGAAAACUAUCAAUAGGCGGAAAUCUACUCAAGCAAAUGGUAAUAGUCAACAACCGUCUAAGGUGCAGAAUGCACCUGUUGGGGCAUGUGUUGAACUGGGGAAGUUUGGGAUUGACGAAGAGGUUGAAAGACUGAAAAGGGAUAAAAAUGUUCUUAUGACGGAACUUGUUAGACUAAGACAGCAACAACAAACGACUGAUAACCAAUUGCAAACUGUUGGGCAACGUUUGCAAGUGAUGGAGCAGCGUCAGCAACAGAUGAUGUCGUUCCUCGCAAAGGCUAUGCAUAGUCCUGGCUUCAUGGCUCAAUUUUCACAGCAGCAGACUGAAAGUAAUAGACAUGUCACCGGAGGUAAAAAGAGGCGGCUCCAGAGGCAGGAAGAAGAAAACUUAGCCACCAAUAAUCUCCAUAAUCCUCUUGAUGGACGUGUUGUCAAGUAUCAGCGUUCAGUUAAUGAGACUGCAAAAGCGUUAUUUAACCAGAUGUUGCAAAUGAACAACUCUACAAGGACGGAGUCGUCCAUUCAGAACCGUGAUGCAUUCCUUAUUGAUGAUAUUCCUUCAGCCAUUCCGUUAGACAGCAGUAGUUCGUCCACCCAAGUUUCUGGUGUAACGCUUUCCGAGGUUCCACCUAUUUCUGGGCAGUCAUGUAUGGCAGUGGAAUCUCAAUUUCCUGUAGGUUGUGUGACUAAUAGCAUGUCUGAGGUACAAUCUUCCCCUUCUGUGUUAACUGACUGUGUCAAAGCAGCUGAAUUUCCUGAAUUAACAGCACAUAACUUCCAAGACACUGUUUUGAAUUUUGGUAAAGUUCAAGGACUGGCUACGGAAAGCAGCUUCAUGAAUCCUAAUCAAGAUAUUGUGGGGUGUGUCACUGAGAAUGAUGAGGAGCUUGAUGUGAUAUCAGCUGUUUUUGAUGGGACACAGUCUUUGGAAACUGAUGCUUUUUCUCCUAAUUCGAACGAGAUUUCUAAGCUUCAAGGAAUCAACGACGAGUUCUGGGAUCUGUUUCUUAUGCCAAGCUCACUUACCGGAGACACAGAUGAAGUUAAAGAUAGCUCUCUAGGAUAUGGUUUGACCACAGCCCAGCAAUUGCCAUUAGAUAAGGAGAUUUAUCAAGAAAAUAUGGAUAAGCAACAGCAUAUGGACCAUCUUACGCAACAGAUGGAACUUCUAGCAUCAGACUCGUCAUUGUGUAUAUAAUAAUAUACAUAUGUUUUUUGCAACUCAAGAGGUUGAUGUCCUUUGCUGCUGGACCAAUAAAGCCAUGCUUACUACUUCUACAAAAACACCUGAUAGAUAUCACUAAACAAAUAGUCCCCCACCCGGUUGGGCGGUCCAGAUGUGAUUGUCAGAGGCCUUCUGGCUGCUCACAAAACCAAUCCCAACCAGUUUCAUGUUGUACUCUAUUUGGGGGCCAAAAGAACUAAUGAAGUUUUAUUUUGAUUUCCUAUUUCCUUAUAUUUGGAUUUUGACUAGUCUGUGUGCUUGCCCUUUCUGACCAUGGUUAUGAUCAUAACAAUGAACUUUGUAAACUUUUUCCAUAUGGUCUUUCCUUCGGUCCUUCUCUGUUUUA